AUGGGGUUUGUAAGAAGGGUAAGGUGUAAAAAUCCUGAGGGUGGACUAGAGCUUGUUACAUCAGAUGCUACAGUGGUUGAAAUGGUUGGUCACAUACCAUCCAAUAAGGUUAUUGUGUUAUACUAUAGUGAGAUUGAAGACUAUGAGUAUGAUGCAGAUUCAGAGAAUUGUGAUAGGGAUUUGACUCACAAUUACCAAGUGAAAGAGGUGGAUUAUAUUGAAGUUGAAGAUGAGGAGACUUUUGAGAAUGUUAGGACAAAAGUGGCAAAUGAAGAUGUGGUCAAAGAGGUACCAAAGGAAGAUGCAGGGGUAGAAUUACCAAAUGAAGAUAUAGGGGUACGUGUGACAAUUGAUAAUGAAGGGGAAGAAUUGCCAAAUGAAGAUGAAAAUGCAGAUUCAGAAAUUAAAGGCAGUGAUUAUGAUUUCAGUGAAAAUGAGGCAGAGGUCAGGCCAACUGUUGGAGAGAUUGUAGCAGAUGAGGGGACUAGUCAUGGUGCUCCAGGAGAGGUGUCAUCAGAUGGUGCUGACACGUCAGAAUUUGACAGUGGAAGUGAGACUGAAGAUGAGGUAUAUGGAUCAAAGAUUAAUAGAGAGGAAGGGACAUUUGCAGUAAAAACUUUGAGCCUAGAACAUCAAUGUGGAAGAGUGGACAACCUUAGGCAUACUACAUCAAAAUGGCUUUGUGACAGAUAUGCAAACAAGCUGAAGCGCAACUCAGACUUUGAUCUGAAAUCAUUUCAAGAAGAUGUGUUGGAAGAUUACAAAAUAAAUGUCACCAAAAUUCAAGUUUAUAGGGCAAAGAGGCUAGCCAGAGAUUUAAAUGAAGGUACUUUCAAAGAACAAUAUGCUAGAUUGUGGGAUUAUGCAGAAGAAUUGAAAAUUGCAAAUGAUAAGUUAAGACAGCAAGAGAUCACAUUUGAUGCAAUCCAUGCUUCUGGAGCAGGUGGCAAGUAUGGGCAUCUGGAGCAGGUGGCAAGUAUGGGCUGCUGGAGUUGUUGGGAGCAGCUAAGAGAGAUCUUGACAGCUGUUGGGGUGGAUGGGAACAAUGGUUAUUUCCUAGUAGCUUAUGCAGUGGUUGAUAUUGAGAGUAAAGACUCUUGGAUUUGGUUUUUCAAUCUUCUUAUUGAAGAUUUAGGGAUUACAAAUGGAAAAGCUUGGGUAGUGAUUAGUGACAAACAAAAGGGAUUUAUACUUGCCAUUGAGACAAUACUUCCAACUGCAGAGCACAAGAUGUGUGUGAGACACAUGUGCAGUAACUUUAGGGCAUCACAUAUUGGUCUUGCUCUGAAACAUAUAUUAUGGGCUGCAGCAAGAGCUACAACUGUGCCUUGGUGGGAGGCAGAAAUGGAGAAGAUGAAAAAUGAGGAUGAGGAAGCAUGGAAGUGGUUGAAGAAGAGACCUGCAAAUAAUUGGAGCAGAUCUCACUUUGAAUCACAUUUUAAAUGUGAUCUUUUGUUGAAUAAUCUAUGUGAAAGUUUCAAUGCAGCCAUACUAGAUGCAAGGGAUAAGACAAUUUUGAGUUUCUUGGAGAGGAUAAGGGUGUAUGUGAUGCUUAGGAUGGCUAGUAGCAGGUUUGCAUGUCAGAAUUGGAGAUACUCUGUUGGGCCUAGGAUCUUCAAGAUAAUUGAGAAGAACAAGCUAGGUUCAUCACAAUGCAUUCCUAGAUUGGCUGGUGAGAAAUUGUAUAAACUCGAGACUUAUAUGAAGGCUUAUGAACUAGUGAUUCACCCCAUCCCUUCAAUGGACCAAUGGAGUAAAUGUGGCCUUCCUCCAAUUAAACCUCCACUUUAUAAGCAACAACCGGGUAGGCCUAAAAGAGUUAGGAUGAAGGAGCUUGGUGAGGUUGAAAUACCAACCCCCAUCCCACCAAACCCUAUGCCUCCAAAUUAUAUUGCCCCACCAGGUAUGACUGUUCAUGCAUCUUCAACCCAAAUGGAGCAAGGUUAUUCUUCUAACAUAGUAAGAGGGAGAGGCAUAAGCAGAGGGGGAGGCAUAAGUAGAGGAAGAGUUGCUCAAGCUACUGCUUACCCUAAUUCUCUACAAAAGGUGACAAGAGGUAAUGGACAAGGAGUCUUACCAUCUUCACAUAUUGGCUUAGGAAGAGGUUUACCAUCUUCAAAGCUAAGUGCAAUUAGAGGAAGAGGCUUAGGAAGAGGCAUAAGUGGAGGAAGAGGCUUACCAUCUUCACGAUCAACUGUGGCAAGAGGAAGGGGACAUGGAGGACCAGCUUUGGACAACAUUUCUCAUGAUAAUAACAUGGCCUCAAUAUAG